CCUGCCGCCGGGUGUUAGGACGAAGAAAGUCGCUCGCGGACAGUUUCCAUCGGACGGAGGCGCCAGCGGAGGCUGAGUCUGGGACUCUGGGCUGAGCCCAAGUCUGGGCAAAGCAGAGCCGAGCAAAGCAGACUAGGAUGAGUGGGAAAGAGCCGCUCCUGGGCGCUCUGAAAGUGUGCAUUCUCAAUUUUCAGGAAAGCAAUAGUCCUUAUACAGAUACCUGUCCUCAUUUACAGUCCUUUUGUGAAAUCCUGGAAAUGAUUCUUCGGAAAGGAUUAAAACAGCCAGUUCUGGGAUUCAAGAGGAAGGACUAUUGGCACUGGCUAGAGCAGCUUCCACAGCAGGAAACCCAUCACAGUAGGACCCUUCUGUCCAUGAUGAUUGAGAAAACGAGUUCCUGUGAGAAGGUGUUGACAGCUCAAGGAAGAGGGCGGUACUUCCUGCGUCUGGCUUUGAAUGGGAAGUUAUUAGCAGUUGCUGUUCAGCAGCUCAUCAAAACUCCCAGGCUGCUUGAGUGUUAUGAUCCAAUAACAUCUAUCCUGAGCAAUGAAGAAUUUUCAGAGCCUUUCUUUUCCAUGAUGUUGGUGGUUACAGAAAUGAAUUUCUUCUUAGAUUUGCAGAAUUCCAGUUUCUUGGAUGAAAGCUGGCAACUUCCAGUAUGCCAGACUUAUGAGACUGUCCCUUGCCGGGAAUUGGGAAUGGUGUUGAGGUAUUUAGAUGGACGGGUUUUCAUAAUAGAAGUGCUUCCAAAGAGCCAGGCAGAGGUGGAUGAGGUAGUACUAGUUGGAGAUGUCAUUGACGAGAUAAAUGGAUCUUCACUGAGGAAUGCGUGCAAUGGACAGGCUGGUUCAGUACUGCAGAAGCUGAAAGGCAAACCACUAAACUUUCGCCUAAUCCGAUGGAAAUGGCACGAUGGAGGAAUGUUCAAGCCAUUGUUGCCCUAUCUAAAAGUUCUCAGAGAAAAAAUCCCCAGCUUCCAGCUCCAACAUGAACACAAACCUAAAGAAGAGAAUGAGGAGCGAAGUUUGCAAGGAGGCAGACUCCUGUACAAUCUGCGGUACUUAGGCCAGGCCAAUGUAGGAAAGUAUGGAGGCAAAGACAUAUUAGACGUAGGCAUACCCACUGUGUUAGAUAAGCAUUUACCACAGCAGGAAAUUUUAUUCGAUGUCAAAGAAACCGAAGUAAUUGUUCAACACAAAACGACUUCAAAGGUUCUUUUCCGUUAUUCUUACACAGACAUUUCCUGUGUGGGACGCCUUCUGGAUAGCCACAAUCUCUUUGCUUUCUGUAGCUUAACUUCACCUGACUCUCCAGAAGAUAGCACUUUUGAUUGCCUAGUUUUUGAAUCAAAUUCCGAAGAGGAAAGUGAGGAAAUCAUCAAACGGAUUGAUACCUGUAUAACGGCGUGAUAGCUUAAGAAAUAAAAAAGUAGACCAAGGCAGCAUAUUAACAUGUGGUCCUGUAAUAAUUGAUGUCUGAAGUUUUACAAACUUGUAUCAAUUUGUUUCAUUAAUUGUUGGACUAAACAUCCCUAGAACUAAAAUCCAAAAUGUUCUUUAGAUAGGGUUCGUAAACAAUGCUAGCAACUACACAUCUAGCAUGAAAGUAUUUACGACUAUAGCAGUAAGCGAUCUGUAAUGUGCCUACAAAAUAAUUCAAGACAUGACAAAUUGUGUUUGUUUCUUUAGCUGCUGGAUUUAAACAUACAGAGUGGUUUGUCUGACAGAUGUGAUGUCCUGCCGCCUCAUUAGCCUGCUAAAGUCUAAUAUCAAUCAGUGAUAUCUUGAUGGGUCAACUCUUGGAUUACGGAGUCACUUGGUACAGAUUAACAUUCUGUCCAGAUAAAAUUGUUCUAGAUAAAUCAAACAGAAGACUCAACUGCUUUUUCAAAUGUUUACAUUGACAAUUUUCAAAAUGGAAUAAAAUCAAGCUGAAGCAAUA